AUGUUUGCGAAGGGUGCGGUGUGGUGCCUGCGCCCCCAGGCGCGCCCUCAGGUCGCGCAGCGCCGGAGGGGCGCGCUGGUCAUCCGCGCAGCCACGUGCACCUCCAACGACUUCAAGAACGGCCUGUCCAUCGAGGUCGACGGCAAUCCGUUCAAGAUCACCGAGUUCCUGCACGUGAAGCCCGGGAAGGGCGCUGCGUUCGUGCGCUCCAAACUAAAGUCCUACCUGACUGGCAACACCGUGGAGCGGACGUUCCGCGCGGGGGAGACGGUCACGCUCGCGGACAUCGAGCGCAAGGACGUGCAGUUCACGUACGUCGACGGCGACACGCACGUCUUCAUGGACAUGGCGACGUUCGAGGAGGUCCGCAUUCCGUCGGGCAGUUGGGCCAAGUGGCUCAAGGAGGGGAGCGAGGUGACGUGCGUGUUCUGGCAGGGCAAGUCGCUCAGCGUGGACGUGCCGCUCACGCUCGAGCUCAAGGUGGAGCGGACGGACCCGGGCGUCAAGGGCAACACCGCGCAGGGGGGGUCCAAGCCCGCGACGCUGGAGACGGGCGCGCAGAUCAAUGUGCCGCUGUUCAUCGAGGAGGGCGAGCUGAUCAAGGUCAACACGGAGAACAACGAGUACCUCGGGCGCGUGAAGGAGGACAAGUGA